AUGAUCAUGAAGGGCAAAGCUUGCGAUUCAACAUCAGGGGGUGGUUUAGAGAUGCAACAUGACAUAGAGAAAACAAUUAAUGAAGAACAUAAACCAGUUAUCGUCUUCUUCUUCCCCAAACUCAACGCCUUCAUAUUGUACUGUGGGGACGAUGCAGAACACGUUGAUAUCAUUCAGGGGAUUGAAAGAGGCGAUGCUUUGCCUGGAUUGAGGAGUUACGAUCAGAUUGCGGAGAUUACGAAGAAGGUAGGGUUUGAGGUUGUGAAGGAGAAAGAUUUGGCGAAGCCUCCGGCGAAACCGUGGUGGACGAGGCUGAAAAUGGGGAGAUUUGCGUAUUGGAGGAACCGCAUUUUGAUUACAGUGCUUGCUUUUCUCAGGAUUACUCCGAAAGGUGUUGUGGAUGUUCAUGAAAUAUUGUUCAAGACUGUUGAUUAUCUAGUUAAAGGGGGUGAGACUGGGAUUUUCACUCCAAUGCACAUGAUCCUCUGUAGAAAACCGGAGAAGAAGACCGAGAUUCGAACUGAGAACUAG